AUGGUCCAUUCGAAGAGCAACGAGUACAAGAAGGCCAGCCUUCACACGCGCACGCGGUCAGCGUAUGGGGAGGCGCAAACGCAGGAGGACAAAAAGAGCAUUACGACGGGGAAGCCGCUGACGGCGCCGCAUACACCGGUCAGCGGAAGGAGGGGAAUAUCCCCGGCACCCAAGGAUAUGAAGGAGCUGAAGGAGCAGAAGGAGCAGAAGGACACGAAGGAGGAUGGGGCAAAGUCAAAGAUCGAGGGAAAGCAGAAGCAGGGGCAGCAGAAGUUGGGCGUGAUGAAGAGGGGCGUGCUGUUGAUCGAUCGAUUCGACAUCCGGGAGAUGAUCUCGUUCGGCGGGUCGGCCGAGGUCUACAAGGCCUACGACCGGUCGACGAAAAAGGAGGUGUGCGUGAAGGUGGACAUCAAGGACAAGGCGAGGCUGAAGCUCGAGAUACAGGCACUCGCUGAGUUGAGGGGCACGCCGUUCGUUCCCGAGAUCCUGGCCUACGGUGAGCACACGGAUCGUGGCUUCAUCGUGAUGCGGCUGACCGGGAAGAGCCUGAUGGAGCUGAGGAACGCGCGGAAGUCGAGGCAUUUCACCCAGGAAACCCUGUUUAGGGUCGGGAAGAAGAUCGUCUCGGCCCUAGAGGCAGUCCACCAGGCCGGCUGGGUGCACCGCGACGUCAAGCCGGCCAAUUGCUGCAUCGGGCGACUCGACUCGUCCCGCAUCUACCUCCUUGAUUUUGGCAUUUCCCGGCAGUGCAAGACGACGCACGGCGAGAUGAAGAAGCCCCGGAAAAUGGCCCAAUUCCGCGGCACGUUCAAAUACGCCUCAAUCGACGCGCAUCUGAAGAAGGAGCAGGGCCCGUCGUCGGAUCUGCAGUCCCUCAUCUACUCUAUGGUGGAAAUGGGCACCGGAACGUUGCCGUGGACGGCCAAACUGCACGGGGAUGAGGGCAGGGCGGCGAAGGCGCAGCAGGACAUCGACAUUCUCAAGAUGAAGCGCGACCAGACGGCCCCCAAACUCUGCGCCUCGUUCCCGCAGCCAUUCCAGGCGCUUGCCAAGUACAUCCUCGGGCUCAACUACCACUCGGCGCCCGACUACAAGAAGAUUCAGUCGCUGCUCGACGAUUCGCUGCCCCCGGGCCUGACCCUCGAUGAUUGGUACGACUGGGAGCUGAGCGGCGAA